GCAUAAGACCACGAAUCGGAACCUCAGAGCGCGUCUCGCUUUAUUGCUGCAGCAAUCCUGUCUCUCCUAAAAUACAGUCUGAAAGCGGCUUAUUCACCAGCCAUGCCGUCCAGGCAAGCAGAUAUCCUCAAGCGGCCGCUGUACCUCUACGACCUGCCUCAAGAGGUUCUGAAUACCUUGACCCUGCGCCAAGAAGAUGAGGCCGAAAUCAUAGUGCCGGCGCCGACAAGGAUAGACAGUGGCGGCGAAGAGGGACCGGCCGCCGGCCCCGAUUCAGAAGCACCUGUCGGCUCACUGGCCUGCUCAACAUGUCGCCUCGCCUUCACCAGUGUCCAGGACCAGAGAAGCCAUCUCAGGUCGGACCUUCAUCAUUACAACCUCAAGCAGAGACUACGAGGACAAUCUGCUGUCACGGAGGUGGAGUUUGAGAAACUCAUCGGCGAUCUGGAUGAGAGCUUAUCGGGCUCCGACUCGUCAGAGACUGACGAAGAGGAGGAAGGCGGACGCAAGGACACGACCUUGACGGCGCUGCUCAAGAAGCAGGCGAACCUAUCCUUGUCCAACAGCAAGGCGAGCAGUGAUCAGGAUGUCGACGACUCAUCUUCAGCAUCCAUCAAGAACCCAAAGACCAGCGGGAAGCCGCCACUUCUCUGGUUCAGCUCGCCGCUGCUCCCAACAAACACGUAUUUUGGAAUUUACCGGUCUAUAUUCACAACGGAGGACUUGUCACAGGAUGCCAACAUCGUAGAGAGGAUCAAGAGCAAGCAGCUCGCGCCAAUGCCCGUCCCCAAGCCCGACGCUGCAGGCCGGUACCCACCAGCUGUGUACCAAAGUCCACACGUUUUCCUCUGCAUGAUUGGGGGUGGUCACUUUGCUGCGAUGAUCGUAUCCCUCCCGCCGAGGCAGACCAAGCACGGCCAACACUCUGGCCCUCUGAACCGAGAGGCCACCGUCCUGCACCACAAGACUUUCCACAGGUACACCACGAGGCGGAAACAAGGCGGCUCGCAGUCUGCCAACGACAACGCCAAGGGCAAGGCUCACUCCGCGGGCUCCAACAUCCGCCGAGCCAACGAGCAGGCCCUGAUCACAGACGUGCGCGCCCUCCUGACGGAAUGGAAGGACCUGAUUGACAGCUCAGAGGCACUCUUUAUCCGCGCGAGCGGCAUCGGCAACCGCCGCGUGCUCUACGACGACUACCCUGGCCGCGUGUUGAGAGCAAACGACCCGAGAAUCAAGGGCUUCCCGUUCAACACGCGGAGGGCGACGCAAAACGAGCUCAUGCGGUCCUUCAUCGAGCUGACGCGCCUGAAAGUGCAAGAGAUUGUCCCGGCAGACAAGACCACGAAGACGCCGGAGCCGGGAUCGGCCACCGCCGCGCCGGCCAAACCGGCCAAGCCGGCAGCUGGCCCGAAGCUCACGGAGGAGGAGGAGACGGCGCUGCUGCACACGUCGCAGCUGCAGGCGUUUGUGCGGCGGUCGAAACUGCCCGCGCUGCUGGCGUACUUCCAGAACAACAGCUUGCCGCCGGACUUCAAGUUCCAGCCAGAGAACCAGCCGCAGAACUAUCACGCCCCGACGGCCCUGCACCUCGCCGCGAGCAUGAACUCGGCUACCCUGGUGUCUGGCCUGAUCGUCAAGGGAGGCGCCGACCCGGCGAUCCAGAACCGCGAGGGCAAGACGCCCUUCGAGCUCGCGGGCGACCGGUCUACGAGAGACGCCUUCCGCGUGGCCCGCGACGAGGCCGGCGAGGAGAAAUGGGACUGGGAGGCCGCCAAGGUCCCGCCGGCCUUGAAGCGCGCGGACGCUGAGCGGCGUGAUCAGCGGGAGAAGCAAGAGGCCGAGAAGAAGGAAGCCGAGCGCCGGGCGGCCGAGGAGGAGAGGCUCAAGACGGAAGGGCCGAAAGUGUCUGACAAGCCGAGCCGGAGCGGGCCGGGGAUGCUGGACCGCAAUGCCAACAUGACGGCGCAGGACCGCCGUGAGGAAGAGGCGCGGGGCAUGACGGCCGCGCAGAGGAUGAGGCUCGAGCGGGAGCGCCGGGCGAGGGCGGCCGAAGAGCGAAUCAAGAGGUUGCAGGGCGGACAAUGAAGUGUACCAUCCGAGAAGCAGCAGUAAAAGUGUCCAUGGGGACGCUUCAGUAAUAAACCUCGAGGCUGCGACCGCAUGCCAAGGAAUAUAAAACCUCGUGGCUCACCGUGGGCCCGUUUUCAUUUAAA